UCGCGCUCCAUGCUGCAUGCGAAGGUGAAAGUAGAAGCUGUUUGUUUCCCGGGAAAAAAAGGACCUUUUUCUUUUCUCUAUUCUCUCUAGCGGAAGUAUUGCCGGAAAAUGACUGCUGCCGAAGAACCAAUCCUCUUCAGACUCGACCGUCUCGACAACAUCUUGAAGCAUUUGGAGGAACUUAGAGGAAGUGUCAGAUCUCCAAGAAGCUCUUUCGCAUCAACUACGUCGAGCACCGAGGGCCAUGGAUCAUCAAUAUCGGCCACUGAUUUCUCGCCGAAGAGCAUGGAGAAACACUGCCGUCCGAUCGACGAUGUGAUCCUGGAAACCGAGCACAAGGGAACAGUGAUUGAGAGGUUGGUCCACGUUGAGAACCAGAUGCUCAAGCUUGAGGAGGAGGUGGAGGCUGAGAAGAAGAGGGAAGAGGAGCAAUCAACUCGGACGAAGAAAGCACACAAGAGGUGGCUCAAGCAGUUCCUUAAGUGUUGCCUGAAAGGCAAAAGCAAAAGCAACCUCUUGUAGUUUACAGUUAAUUCGGCGCUUCCUUUUUCUUGUGCUGCGGUUUUGUUUGUGUUUGAAAAGUGAGAGAGAAUGAUAAAGCAAAUGCACCAGCUUUUAAAUCUCAACACUCGCAGUAACUAUUAUUAUUUAAUACAGAUGCUAAUAUAAGGGCAUAACCAAGUAAUAAAAGAACACCCAAAAAUGCUGUUCCAGUACAAAACAUCUGAACCCAACACUAGGGAAAGCAAAAUACAUGGACAAAACAACGUAAGCCAAUCAUAAACAUAUAUAAUAUAUUUAUAACUUCACAGUGUCGGACUGGCCUCGCCUGAGAAAGCGCCACGGCCCCGUUCCAGUCCCCAUCCUGUACGAGCAUGCCAAAACAAAGAUGAUCAAAACAAAAGCAUCAAUUUUGCAUUCCAAUUUGUUAAAUGAUAAAUACAUUGAAUAAAUACGCCGCCUGCAUCUACGAUGUUUGAACACAGGGUAUUGUUAAAGUAUAUACGUGUAAGGAUGGUCUCGAUGUUUCAUACACUUUGGGCGAAUUUUUUUAUUUCACGGGAGGUCAGUAUAUUAAUACUAAAAUGGUGAAACUGGUUUACUUGAAGAUUAAAUAGGGUUGUAGUGACCAUUAGAAUUACCUCCAAACCCCAGCAAGUGCACGUAGACCCAUGUAAAUGACUAAAGCGAUCCAAAUCCCAACAUAACCAUGGCUCCUGGAGAGAAGGAACAAUGAUGCGAUGCUUACUCCAG